AAUCCAAGACCGAAGAAAAAGAAGGAGAAAGAAGUCACAAAAGCAACAUAAAGUGCGUAGACAAAAGAAGCUUUUACCCGCUUAUCCCCAGCUAAUGCCCAUUCUACACACUUUUCUACUCUUUAAAACCCCUUAAAACUUUGUUCAGAUGUUCCUUCUCAUCUAAAACAUAGUAGAGACUAGAGAGAGAAUUUGUUCUUUUCAAUUGCUCCAUAUUUUCCCCCAAAAAAAUGGCCAAGAUAGUAGGUGCUUUUAUUUGUGUAUUGAUAGUGGCAAUGGAUGUCAUGGCCGGGAUCCUAGGCAUUGAAGCUGAAAUUGAACAAAACAAGGUCAAGCACUUAAGGCUAUGGAUAUUCGAGUGUAAAGACCCAAGUGAGCAGGCUUUCAAGCUGGGUUUUGGUGCAGCAGCACUUCUGGGUCUAGCCCAUGUCAUAGCCAACUUGCUUGGUGGGUGUAACUGCAUUUGUUCUCAAGAAGAGCUCGAAAAGGCUUCCCCAAGUAGGCAACUCUCAGUGGCUUGCCUCAUUUUCACUUGGAUUAUAUUUGCCGUGGGAUUGUCCAUGCUGGUGAUAGGGACUUUGUCAAACCGCAAGUCAAGGGCUUCCUGUGGUUUCACACACCAUCAUUUUCUGUCCAUUGGAGGGAUUUUGUGUUUUGUUCAUGGCCUGUUUUCUGUUUCAUUUUACGUUUCUACCACUGCCAACCUUAGUUAGUAAGAAAUGAAAUGCAUGUAUGGAGGUCAUAAAUCAUAAUCAUAAGCCUCUACUUUACUCGUUCUUCUCUUUACAUUAGCUUUUUCUGUUUUUCAAAAUGUAACCACUUUAGAAUGACAAUUCUGACCUCCACAUGGAAUGUGUGAAGCUUUAAUAUUGCUGGUGAUAGGGACUUUGUCAAACCGCAAGUCAAGGGCUUCCUGUGGUUUCACACACCAUCAUUUUCUGUCCAUUGGAGGGAUUUUGUGUUUUGUUCAUGGCCUGUUUUCUGUUUCAUUUUACGUUUCUACCACUGCCAACCUUAGUUAGUAAGAAAUGAAAUGCAUGUAUGGAGGUCAUAAAUCAUAAUCAUAAGCCUCUACUUUACUCGUUCUUCUCUUUACAUUAGCUUUUUCUGUUUUUCAAAAUGUAACCACUUUAGAAUGACAAUUCUGACCUCCACAUGGAAUGUGUGAAGCUUUAAUAUUGCUGGUUUCAA